AUGAACUUGUUUGAGGGUGACAUCAAGCAAACCAUGACCAGUAGGAACGGGAUACGUGAUGUAUCGAAGCUCUGGACGACCAGGGUCAUCCCUUACACAUUCAAGUUUGGAGACUUUUCGACUUCGGAACAGAAUACGAUCCGGCAGGCUAUGUAUGAGUACCAUGCCCGCACUUGCAUCAGGUUCGUCCAGAGGACUACUGAGAGAAACUACAUCUACAUCCACAAGGGGGAAGGAUGCUCGUCUUCCGUGGGUCAGCGGGGUGGCCGGCAGGACCUGUCCCUCGGUAACAGGUGCGUCCAAAAGGGCGUCGCCAUCCACGAGCUCAUGCACGCCGUCGGCUUCUGGCACGAGCAGUCCCGCUUCGACAGGGACGACUGGGUCAUCAUCAAGUGGCAGAACAUUCGGGAAGGUGAAGAGGACAACUUCUACAGGUACUCGGAGAUUGACGUGUCGGGGUUGGGUGUGAGUUAUGACUACUAUUCCGUGAUGCACUACAGCGCCACGACCUACAGCUCCGACGGAAGUCCGACCAUGGUGGCUAGGGUCAGCGGCGCUCCAUCUCAGUUUGGCCAACUGUCAGGCUUUAGCAACAAAGACGUGGUCAAACUGAACAGGCUGUACAGCUGCAGUAAGUAG